CUUGCUUAAGAAGAGAUGCAUUAUGAUUAUGGUAGAAACAAGAGUGAAUGUCCUGAACCUAUAAAAGCAGAGGUAAAAGGUUCUCUCCCCCAUUGGCUGCAGGGUACUCUUGUGAGAAAUGGUUCAGGUCUUUUCUCAGUCGGGGAGUCUUCUUACAACCACUGGUUUGAUGGAAUGGCACUCUUGCACAACUUCACAAUCAAACAUGGAGAGGUUACCUAUAGAAGCAGGUAUCUAAGAAGUGACACUUACAACAGCAACAUAAAAGCCAACAGAAUAAUUGUGUCUGAGAUGGGGACCAUGGCCUUCCCAGAUUCAUCCAAAAGCGUGUUCUCCAAAGUGGUCACCUUUCUUAAUCAUACCAUCCCAGACUUUACAGACAACUGUGCCGGCAAUAUAAUCAAAUAUGGAAAUGAUUAUUAUGCCACAUCUGAAACCAACUACAUUCGUAAAAUUGAUCCAGUGACCUUGGAGACUCAAGACAAGCUGGACUACCAGAAAUACCUUCCUGUCAACCUUGUCACAUCACACCCCCAUUAUGAUAAAGAAGGAAACACCUACAACAUGGGAACCACAAUUGCAGACAAGGGCAAGACGAAAUAUAUUAUUUUCAAGGUCCCUGCAACAGAGAAAGGUGCCUCCGAGAGACCUGCAGCCCUGAAGAGUGUCGAGAUCCUCUGCACUCUACCCUGCCGCUCUCUCUUUAGCCCGAGCUACUAUCACAGCUUUGGCAUGACUGAGAACUACAUCAUAUUUAUUGAACAGCCCUUAAAGCUGGACAUCCUCAAAAUGGCAACUGCCUACCUGAGAGGGGUCAACUGGGCCAGCUGCCUAAAGUUCCAUCCAGAGGAUGAUACCCUGAUUCACAUAAUUGACCGAAAGACAAAGAAAGAAGUCAGCAUCAGGUACCACACAGGUGCUAUGGUAGUAUACCAUCAUGUCAAUGCUUUUGAGGAAGACGGCCAUGUGGUAUUUGAUGUGAUCACCUAUAACGACAACAGCCUGUAUGACAUGUUCUACCUGGAUAAGCUAAAACAGCAGGCUGCAUCUGGAGCAACCAGUAGCCCUGUCAACCCUAUGUACAAACGAUUUGUUCUGCCGCUCACAAACAAGGUCGCUGAGACUGGAAAAGACCUGGUCAACCUGAACUACACAACAGCUAGUACUGUAAAAGAAAAGGAUGGGAAACUGCUCUGCCAGCCAGAGGUGCUCUGUGAAGGUGUGGAAGUCCCCAGAAUCAACUACAACUACAGUGGACAGAAACACAGAUAUGUGUAUCUUAAUGUGGUUGGUAUGUCUUCGUUAGCCACAAAGAUCACAAAGCUGGAUGUUCAGACAAAACAGCGGGUGGACUGGACAUCAGAGAACUGCGCAUUCACUGAGCCUGUGUUUGUACCCAUGCCAGGCGCAAGUGAGGAGGAUGAAGGUGUAAUCCUAACAUCGGUCAUAAAUGGCAAUCCUGGAGAGUCUGACUUUCUUCUGGUGCUCGAAGGGAAGUCAUUCAAAGAAAUGGCACGGAUAUAUGUGAAUGCAGAGCUGCACAUAGACAUGCAUGGCUUCUUUAUACCACAAAACGAUGAGGUGUAG